GAGGAAAGUCAGAAAGUAUCUUUCUUUGGGGUAUAGGGAAAAAAUAAAAGGGGAACUGGAAGGAAAAGGGGACGGAAAUCAACCCCCUGAAGAUAAAAGAUUCCUGCUCCUCCCCUUUCUCUUAGCGGCUGGGCACAGCGUUGCUCUUCAUCUCUUCUGUUGUCGUCGCUGCCAUUUGUUGACAGCUUGUCUAUGAGGAUGCUAUGGAGACAGUGUCGAAUGCCUUACUGAAGUCAAGAUAGACAACGUCCACUGCUCUCCCUUCAUCUACCCAGCCAGUCACAACAUCAUAGAAAUCUGUCAGGUCUCUGGAUGGCAGACUCAAAAGAAAUGCAGUUUUAAGAGAUACCAAAGAUGAUGACUAGAAAGAUUAAGCUUUGGGACAUUAAUGCCCAUAUAACCUGUCAUUUAUGCAACGGAUACCUGAUUGAUGCCACCACCGUAACAGAAUGCUUACAUACUUUCUGUAGAAGCUGCUUGGUGAAGUAUUUGGAGGAAAACAACACCUGUCCAACAUGUCGGAUUGUUAUACACCAGAGCCAUCCAUUACAGUAUAUCGGUCAUGAUAGAACAAUGCAAGAUAUUGUUUACAAACUUGUGCCAGGCCUCCAAGAAGCGGAAAUGAAAAAGCAGAGGGAAUUCUAUCACAAAUUGGGUAUGGAAGUACCAGGGGACAUCAAAGGGGAGACAUGCUCUGCAAAGCAACAUCUAGAUUCACACCGCAAUGGUGAAACUAAACCAGAUGAAAAUUCAAACAAAGAAACUUCUGAAGAAAAACAGGAAGAAGAUAAUGACUAUCAUCGAAGUGAUGAACAGGUAAGCAUCUGCUUGGAAUGCAAUAGCAGCAAAUUACGUGGAUUGAAACGAAAAUGGAUCCGCUGCUCAGCACAAGCAACAGUCUUGCAUCUAAAGAAGUUUAUUGCUAAAAAACUUAACCUUUCUUCUUUUAAUGAGCUGGAUAUAUUAUGCAAUGAAGAGAUUCUUGGCAAGGACCACACACUCAAGUUUGUAGUUGUUACUAGAUGGAGAUUUAAGAAAGCACCUCUACUGCUACAUUACAGACCCAAAAUGGACUUGCUGUAGGAGAACUUUAUUGUCCUUCUGGACAGUUUUUUUUCAGAGACUGUCAUCUGGCACCUUAGUGCAGCACUUAACUCUCAUGUGACACAAACCAGCAGAAUCGUUUUGGAAGACUGUAGUGCUUCUACAGCAGACUGUUCUUCUGAAUAUUUCUAGGGAUGUGUUGCAUGGAUUUUUGGACAAAAAAAAAUAAAUUAUUUUUGUACAAAUGAAAUAAAUCACAACUCAGCAGGAUUCUACCAGCACUGAGUUUACAGGUAGUAAAAACACGUCACAGUUCCAUGGAGCUCAGCCUGAUUCUUCUGUUUGUAGUUACACAAAAAUAAGUUAAAAUGGUGUGGGAGAGAUUUAAAAUGUUGCUUUUAACACCAAAUUACUACAUUUACUUAAAAAAUAAGUAAUAAGUAAUAAGUUUUGUCUUUAAACUUUACAACUUGUUUCAGUAUGUUUUUCUGAGGUGUUCUUAUUUUACAUAGUAUGCCCAAUUAUGUCAGCUUUAUUCAAGCCAUUCUAUAGAGCAUUGAAAAUACCUAAUGAUGCAGUGUCUGGCGAUAUUUAUUAUGCGGCAUUAAAAACUCCCUAAAAGCCUGGAGAUACAAUUA